GUUUUCUUAAGAUAUCUAGGAACUAAAAUAAUAAAAAAUAGAAAAGCUGCUUUCAAAAAAUAUUUUGUCCAUUCACCAAAAAUAUAAUCAAUGAGAACAUUUAUUACACGUUUCCUUUAUCAGUACACACCUUAUUAUUAGCGAUAAGAAUAUCUCGUAUGUUUUGUUUGAACAGUUUGAUCGAUAAUUUUGGUCUACGAAUAUAUAUAUAUAUAUGUAUGCAAAUGUACAUAUAUACAUUUAUAAUUUUUAAAUUCAUAGAAGCAACUGUGCAACUUAAUAUCUGAUUCAAUCAUAAAAUCGUAUAUAUAUAUACCCUUUAUCUACGAUUAAGAAUUUCUUCAAUACCUUUACCAAAUAUCGUUAAUAUUUCAGUUGAAAUUAGCUUCUACGGUAAAGUUUAGCUUACGCGUCCAAGUUAAAUUUGUUUUACCUAUUGUAUCAGAUAACGUUACUAUGUAACGUUUUAUAAAAUGACCUCGUUACAUAUGAUUAAAACGUUAGAUACAUAGGAAACUUUGUAUGCGCUCUGCGCAUAUCUGACUGAUACGUGAGGAUAUUUAUUGUCCAAUGGUAACCGAUUUAUAUGAAUCAGUCGCUUAAAAAUAUACAGCAAGGCAUAUAACUUUCUAGACGAAUGUUCUCUUUUAAACACAUGUAAAUACUCACGAGAAAUGCGAUAAGCAUCGAUAGAUAACCUACAUCUACAGAAAGUGAAAUAUCUAGAUCAAUGAUAUAAGGUUGUGAUAUUUAUGUGUUAAAAUAUUCAAGCUACUGUUAGAAUAAAAAAUAUGGAGGCAAUUGUAGAAUAUAACUAUGAAGCACAAGAACCUGAUGAAUUAACUUUAAAGAAAGGAGAUGUUAUUACUGAAAUUAAAGUGAUGUUAGGUGGUUGGUGGGAAGGAACUUUAAGAGAUAAACGGGGCAUGUUUCCUGAUAAUUUUGUCAAGGUAUUGGAACCUUUAUCAAGUGGAACGGUUGGAAGUACAGGAAGUGGAGGAAGCGAAGGAGCUGGUAGUGCUAAAUCUGAAGAUGUCUCCUUAAAAAACGGCGGAUCUAAAAGACGAUUUUGUAAAGUGCUUUUUAAUUAUGAACCAUGUAAUAAAGAUGAACUAACUUUAGUACCCCAAGAUUCUAUAGAAUUUUUGGGUGAAGUAGAAGAGGGAUGGUGGAGAGGUAGACUUAAAGGCAGAGUUGGUGUUUUUCCAUCAAAUUUUGUUUCUCCUCCAGUUUAUGAAGAAUCUGAUAAACACAAAGAUCAAGAGAGCAGAAGGUUGUGUAAAGUACUUUUUCCUUAUGAAGCUGCUAAUAUAGAUGAAUUGACAUUAAACGAAGGAGAUAUAAUAACUCUUCUAUCCACAAAUGCUUCAGAUAAGGGAUGGUGGAUAGGAGAAUUAAAUGGCCAAGUAGGCUUAUUUCCUGAUAAUUUUGUUGAAGUAAUAAAUGUUCCAUCCGAUCAUCAAGAUCAUGAACAAAAACUUAAGGCAUCUAUGAAGUCCAUUACAAAACAUUCUCAUCAAAUAAAAAAGAAUGGAAAAGUGCACACUAGAAAAAGUUUGGAUGUAAAAGAUCUACAUGCAGAUGUAACUAAGAAAACCAUAUCAACAGGAGCAUCUUCUACGACAUUAACUUCUCCAGGAAUUGGAGGAAGUGGUGGAGAAAGGAAAAAUAUAAGUGGACAUUCAAUUACCUCGAAUUUAAAACGUCUUGUAGCUGAUGUUGGAACUAAUAAUGGUAAUGGAAAUACAAAUAUAGCUCUGGGUGAAGAAUUAGAUGGUGUAGAACGAGGAGAAGGUGCACCGCUUUCGCAUUUAACAGCUUCUCGAGCUAAAGCACCCCAUCGACGUCCACCUUCUUCACAACGUUUAAGACGCCACGUUACUGGACCACCAAUUACCACAACCACUACGACACCUGAAGAUAAUUUAGCAAACGGUAAUGCAGACAUUAUAUUAGAACAAUUACGGGAAGAAGAACCUGAAGGUUUGGCUGCAAAAGCAAGAAGAAAAGCACCUUGGGUAGAGGAAUUAAAAUUGAACCAAUUGGAAAGGAGAAAGAUUGUGUCGGUGGAUCGUAUUGAUAAAUCCGAAGAAAAAAAAGAACGUCCCAGUUCACGAGUAUUAAUGACGACAAAUGUUGCUGAUUGUAUUAAUAAAUUGGAAGGGGAAAGUGAAGAAUGUAGACUGAAGGAUAAAGGUCAAAGCCAGAAAUGUGACACAUCUUCACAUGUUGAACAAAUCUCAUCUACUCCUGGGACUCCUCCUGCUUAUGUUCCAUUUGCGCUUUACAAUCAACUACUAGAAAGGGUUGUUGCCUUAGAAGAAAAGCAAGCAAUGUUACAACAAACAAUGGGACAAAUUUUGGAACAAUUUGUACCUCCUGUCUCUUCAAUCAACAGCCCUGAUUAAUCAACACAAAUUCUACAAAUUUAUAUCAAGAACAAUUUCAUCUAGUAGAAGAAUUUGUAUAAUUAUGCCAUGAGUAAAAAAUUUUCUCUCAAAAUGUUUGCAUGUAAAUCAGAAAUUGCAAAAUAUUUACAUGAAUUAUUACAUGAACAUUAUAAUUAUUAGUGUGUUACAAUUCAUUGAAGAAUUUUAGAUUAUGCUUACAAUGCAAUAGACCCUAUCUGAAAAUAUCUUUCAUAUAGCGUCUAUCCUUAACUACAAUACAAAAGCACAAACUUGUUGCAUAAUAGGAUUCAAAACAUUGUUUUCAUGUACGUAUUUCUUAAUAAAUUGAACUGACGUUUUACAUUGAUCAUAUUUAAAUAAAAUUGUUGUCAUAUGUUUCUCUGCAAUAUCUAUUACUGUACAUAAGGAGAUAAUGUAUAUUUUUAUGUAUUAUAUGGAUAUUGUGUUAAGUAUAUUUGAUUUUUCACCCAUUAUGUCGAACAAGUGAAGUAAAUGAAUACAAUGCAAAAUAAAUAACAUUAAAUUGGUAGUUUGGAUUUGGAUCUGGAAAUUUAAUUUCAACAGUUAUACAAGCCACGAGUAAUUUUCAAACUAGUAUUUUUAUUGUAUAUUCGCUAGUUUUUAUCUUGUUUUAUAUCUCUGUAAAAAUAUUUUUAAAAGGAUAUGGAAGAGUUAUGUUGUUAUAAUUUUACACAAUCGAUUUGAUCUAAAAACAGCUUAGCAUACUGACCACAUUUCAGAAAUGUCCAGUAAUUGACUCCAUACAAAAAAUAUCAUUAAUAAAUCCUUUUAUACUUUUAUAUAUUAUCACAACUGAAAGAUUAAUGUAAGAUUUUUAUGUAAAAAAACGUUUAAAUUUUACAAGAUGACAAGACUUCUAUUCGCAAAUCUAAAUUUCAUACAUCAUUGCAAAUUAACGAUAUGUGACAAUAAUAGUCCUAAGCGAAAGCAAGAAAAUUUUCCAAGUUCGUGCAUAAUAUUAAUAAUAUUUUACUAUUAUCACACAAUAGUUAUUUUCAAGUCCAUGAUAAAAUAAAGAUUUGAAUUAUAGCUAAGUCAAAUAUAUGUUCAAGUUACGAAAUAAUUACUUAAAUACAAUAACUUUGAUAAAAAAAAACGUUGUCUUCCUUUAGUAACGAAUAUUAUAGACUAUAUAUAGGCUAUUUACUACAUUAAUCGUCAAAGCAACGAUCUUUCAAAUGGACUAACACCUGUAUGGUAUUAACGUGCAUUUUUUUUAUAAAUGAAGCUGUAGAUAGAAACUUACAUAUAAAAUAUUUUUAAAUAUAUGAUGCAUUACACGCAUUAAAAAUGAGUAUUUCCAUUAUUAACAUGCAUAUGUCGAAAUGUUUUAGUCAUUUAUAGAAUGCAAGGUAAUUGUUUCAAAUUAAUUAUGCAUAUAUCAUGUAUCAUGGAAGAUAAAUUUUGUUGGAAUGACAAAGAAAUCAUGUACUUCUUCUUACUACUAUUAUUAUUAUUAUUAUUAUUAUUAUUAUUAUAUUAUUAUUAUUAUAUUAUUAUAUUAUUAUAUUAUUAUUAUUAUUACUACUAUUAUUAUUAUUACUAUUAUUAUUAUUAUUAUUAUUAUUACUACUACUACUACUAUUAUUAUUAUUAUUUUUAUUAUUAUUAUUAUCAUCAUCAUUAUUGUCUACAAUCUUUACUUUCUGUUUGAAGAAUGUAAAUGAUAACUAGUAAUUUGUGAAGCAAGAGAUUAGAAUGCAUGUUGUAUUUUGUUUCAUUUUUUAAAUUUGGAUUGUCUAAUAAUUUUGAUACGAGUAUGGAAAUGAGUAAGUAAAAAUUAUUUUAUCUUGGCCGCUUAAUGUACAUGCAUAUGAAAUAAUAUAUAUUAAAUUAUACAUAAAAUUUCAGAUUAAAUAAUAUAUAUUUUCUUCUAUUAUAAAUACAAUACCUAUUAAAUAUUUAUUGAUGGAGAGUUUCAGCAUACAUAUAUUAAGAUAAUUUACUAUUCGAAUGAAGUGUAGAUAUAUAUUAUUUGAGUAACAUGUUGGAACCCGAUUUUUUAAAUUUAUUAUUAAUGCUUGUAUUAAAGAUUAUUAAGCAAUGAAACUUUGACAUAAUCAAAUUGUUAUUAUUACGAUACACACACACAUACACACACACAUGUAUAUAUAUUAUUUUCGAACCCUAUUAAAACCACAAAUAAAGGAUCGAUACAUCUUAA